CUGCGCAGCUGCGCAGCGCAUACAUCUCUCAAGUAGUACUUGUGUGGCUGAAGCUUGCCUAACUGAGUUUUGAAGCUCAUGCUCUCUUUCCCACCUCUUCCCCGCUUCUCCUCAUUCCUCACUUCCUUCCUUCUGCAAUUUCUAGGGUUCCAUGGCUGUGAUUCCCGUAAGCUCUGUAACCCUCUCACCUAAUCAGAGGGCAAGUCCUCCUCUUCCUUUCCUCCUUUCGAACCACUUACCUUCGUUUGCUCAUCCCUCGUCUUCAUCUCGUGUCCAUCUUCGGAGACGAUGCAAACUCCUCGCCGCGACUUCCACUGUUGUCAGCACUGGAAGAGGCCCCACUGGAAGAGAGAGCGAGGUGAGGCCGGCCGAGUCCAGUAGUGCUUUGGAGCAGCUCGAUAUCGAGCGCGGAGUCUGCGUGCCCUUUCGCAAGUAUUCGCCCGAGACAGUGAGGAGCAAGGUAUUGGAAUCUAGAGGAUCAAUUCUGUUACUUGUUGCACGUGGUUUUGAAAUAGUAUGGAACUUGGGUCUAUAUUGGUCUACCUUAAUGUACGACUGCUUUGUUGGGCGGGACGAAGAAGUUGUCCCUUAUCGUGCCCAACAGCUUCGGAAUCUCUUGUGUGAUUUGGGGCCUUCCUUCAUCAAAGUUGGUCAGGUGCUUGCAAGCAGACCUGAUAUUAUCAGAGAAGAUUAUAUGAAUGAGCUCUGCAUCCUUCAGGAUGAUGUUCCUCCUUUUCCAAAUCAGGUUGCUUUCACCACAAUAGAGGAGGAAUUGGGCCAGCCUCUUGAAGCUAUUUUCAGCAAAAUUUCAGCAAAGACAAUAGCAGCUGCAAGUUUGGGUCAAGUUUAUCGAGCUACACUUUGUGCCUCAGGGGAGGAUGUUGCAAUCAAGGUUCAAAGGCCUGAGAUAGAACCUAUAAUCUAUAGGGAUCUCUUCCUUUUCCGAACUCUUGCAUCAUUCUUGAAUGGCAUUAGUCUGGAGAAAUUGGGUUGCAAUUCUGAGCUGAUAGUUGAUGAAUUUGGUGAGAAGCUUCUGGAGGAGCUUGAUUACACCCUGGAAGCUCGUAAUAUUGAAGAUUUUUUGGAAAACUUCAAAGAUGAUCCCACGGUCAAAAUUCCUCGGGUUUAUAGAAAUCUUUCUGGUCCACAUGUUUUAGUAAUGGAAUGGAUUGAUGGUAUUCGAUGCACUGACCCUCAGGCUAUUAAGGAUUCUGGCAUUGAUGUAAAUGGGUUUUUGACUGUUGGAGUCAGUGCUGCUUUGCGGCAAUUGCUAGAAUUUGGGUUAUUUCAUGGUGAUCCACAUCCUGGAAACAUCUUCGCCAUGCGUGAUGGACGCAUUGCAUAUGUGGACUUUGGGAAUGUUGCUGUGCUCAGUCAGCAAAACAAACAAAUUUUGAUUGAUGCUGUUGUCCAUGCUGUGAAUGAGGAUUAUUUUGAGAUGGCAAAUGAUUUCACCAGGCUUGGUUUCCUUGCUAGUGGGACUGAUGUCUCCCCUAUAAUUCCAGCUUUGGAAGCAAUUUGGCAGAACUCUCUUGGCAAAGGACUUUCUGAUUUUAAUUUUCGAAGUGUUACUGGGAAGUUCAAUCAAUUGGUUUACCAAUACCCAAUCCGUAUCCCAGAGAGAUUUUCUCUUGUUAUCCGUUCUCUAUUGACACAGGAAGGCAUUUGUUUCACAAUGAAGCCUGAUUUCAAAUUCUUGGAGGUUGCCUACCCAUAUGUGGCAAAACGCCUCCUGACAGACCCAAAUCCUGCUUUACGUGAACGCCUUAUACAGGUUCUAUUCAAAGAUGGCAUCUUCCAAUGGAAACGACUUGAAAACCUAAUAGUUCUAGCAAAAGACAAUGUGGCCAAGAUGAGCAGCAAUCCUGCAUUGCGAGUGAAGAGCAUACAAAGAUCAAGAGAUUUGCAAGUUGUAAGGAAACUGGAUCUUACAGACACCAUCAAAGAUGGAGCUCGGCUUUUCCUGUUUGAUGAGGCAAUCCGGCGACAGCUUAUUCUUGCUUUGACUGAAGACUCCAAGCUCCACAUUCAAGAGCUUGUGGAUGUAUACAGAUUGAUUGAAGAUGAAAUUGACAUACCUUCACUAGCUUUUAGAGCAAUACAAGAUUUUCCUAAUGUUGCCCGAGAUAUAAUGCUUUCAUGGAGUGAUUCGGUAUUGUCUGACAGACGAUAAAAGUUUUGGAUUGGUUGCGUGCAAUUAAUGAAACUUCGUCCUUUCCUCAUCUGGAAAAAGCCUCUUGAUUUGCCUAGCCGGAAGGAAAAAAAAAAGGCUUCUUAGAUUCAAGUUUUUACACAAAUGCAUUGGCGCACACAUAUUCACACAGCGAUGUAUAUAAACUACUAUUUUGAUUAUAUUUGUAUUAAUAUCCGAGAUGAAUCUGUCAACUAUUAGACUUCAUUAUCUUCAACAUGUAUAUAUAUAGACAGGAUUUUUCCACUUUGACGUCAAUUUUUUAUUACGCUAAAAUAUCCUUGUAAAGAUACUGGUCAAGAGAGUAAAUUUGAUAGCAUAAGAAAUAUUAUUAAUCUUGUAA